AUGGGAUUAUUACUGUUUUAUCUCAUUUCUCAAUUAAUUUAUAUCAUCAAACGGAAAUUCUUCAAAAAUAGUCGUAUUCUCCCUCUUCAUCUAACUAAUAAAUUAUCAUCUUCAUUCAAUAUGGAAAAAUCAGCUACAUCACCCUUAGCAUCAGUUGUCAAUUCUGGUCCAGUUUCAAUCUUAUGUUACUGUUUAUCAUCAAUCUUGAUGACCCUUACCAAUAAAUAUGUUUUAUCUGGUUUCUCAUUCAACUUGAAUUUCUUCUUAUUAGCCAUUCAAUCGAUUGUUUGUAUUGUUACCAUUGGUUCCUUAAAAGGGUUUGGUAUCAUCACUUAUAGACAAUUCAAUCGUGAUGAAGCUCAAAAAUGGUUCCCAAUCGCCUUCUUAUUAGUGGUUAUGAUCUAUACUGCUUCUAAAGCUAUCCAAUUCUUAAGUAUUCCAGUUUAUACCAUCUUUAAGAAUUUAACCAUCAUCUUAAUUGCUUAUGGUGAAGUUAUCUGGUUCGGUGGUAAAGUUACUUCCAUGGUUUUAGGUUCUUUCUUAUUAAUGGUUUUAUCAUCUCUUAUCGCUUGGUAUGGUGAUGCUUCUGCUGCUGCUUCCUCAAACGUUGAUUUAUUCGAAUUAUAUAUCGGUUACUUUUGGAUGUUCACCAAUUGUUUUGCUUCUGCUGCUUUUGUUUUAAUCAUGAGAAAAAGAAUAAAGUUAACUAACUUUAAAGAUUUCGAUACCAUGUACUAUAACAAUUUAUUAUCUAUUCCAAUUUUAUUAGUUUCUUCUUUUACUUUUGAAAAUUGGACUAGUGAAAAUUUAGCUUUAAAUUUCCCAGAAGAUAUUAGAGGUGCUACUAUUUUCGCCAUGAUUUUAUCUGGUAUUUCUUCUGUUGGUAUUUCUUAUUGUUCAGCUUGGUGUGUCAGAGUUACUUCUUCAACCACUUAUUCUAUGGUUGGUGCUUUAAAUAAAUUACCAAUUGCAUUAUUAGGUUUAGUCUUUUUCGAUGCCGCCGUUAACUUCUGGUCCGUUUCCUCCAUCUUUGUUGGUUUCGUUGCUGGUUUAGUUUACGCUGUUGCUAAACAAAAGCAAGCUAAAGAUGCUGCUGCUGCUCAAGCUUUACCAUCCUCAAAAUAA